AUGUGCAAUGAGACGAAGCAGGAGGCGGCCACUGAGGCAAAGUACUUCUCAGGUUUUGCCCAUGUCUUGGCUCUCCUGUUUCUUCAUGCGCCGGUGGCCAUCCUCAGCCCCGCUGAUGCUUUUGGUGGGGCUGCUAGCCGGGGGCUUUACCAGGAUGGAGAUAUCAUCAUUGGUGGACUGUUUCAUCUCCACUACGUACCUCCAACCACAGACCACAAUUUUUCUAGUGAACCAGAUUACAAAGAAUGCACUGGUUUAGAGCAACUCCCUUUACAGUACAUUUAUGCCACGGUGUUUGCCGUGGAGGAAAUCAACCGGAAUCCUCGUCUUUUGCCGGGUGUAAGCCUGGGCUACCACAUCCGCGACAGCUGCGCCAUGCACCCGUGGGCCACACAGGCAGCUCUUGCACUGGUGAGCGGGGACAGCAGCACCUGUAACCUCACGGUAACGCCAGUGCACGCUUUUGAGGAAGGUGGGAGAAAAGGUGUUCCGUUGAUCAUUGGUGGGGCUUCAUCCAAAACAGCCAUGAUACUCUCUAGAGUGCUUGCGCCACUCUCUGUGCCUUUAAUGAGCUACCAAGCAAGCUGUCCUUGUUUGAGUGACAGGCGCCAGUUUCCCAACUUCUUCAGAACCGUCCCCAGCGACAUUUACCAAGCUCGGGCCAUUGCCAGGCUGGCUAUAUACUUCAAAUGGACCUGGAUCGGAGCUGUGGUGGCGAACAAUGACUAUGGUCUGGUGGCUGUUAAGGUAUUCCAAGAGGAAACUCAGGGGUCUGGGGUGUGUCUGGCCUUUGUGGAAACUCUAAAUAGGCAAAUCAUCAAGAAUGAUGCCAGGAAAGCAGCCCUUGCCAUUAAAGCAUCGAGUGCCAAAGUGAUCCUGGUUUUUUCCUGGUACACGGACGUUAGAGAACUGUUUCUGCAACUGGCCGAAAUGAACGUGACUGACAAGCAGUUUCUAGCUAGCGAGGCCUGGAGCACGAGCGGCAAUCUUCUCCAACACCCUGUCACUUCAAAAGUGGCGAGCGGUGUCCUGGGCAUGGCCAUUCGAAGCUCGCCGAUCGUCGGAUUCGAAGAUUACAUCCGUGGUUUGACCCCGUCACAUCGCCCGGAUGAUCACAUCUUGAGAGAAUUCUGGGAGAAACAAUUUGCAUGUAGGCCUUGGCUAUCCAAUGUCACAAACCUGUCUGACUGGAGUGCCUCUCUGCCCAUGUGCGGUGGGGAGGAGAGCCUGAAGGGGGUGGAUAAUCUCUUCACUGACACCUCCCAGCUACGACAGGCCUAUAACGCUUAUUUGGCUGUUUACGCCGCAGCUCACGCCCUCCACGACAGACUCUCUUGCCCUAAUUCUAAUAUGGUCUCCAGGGACAGCAGUUCAACCUGUUUGUCACCCGGAAACGUUAAGCCUGCUGAGCUCCUGCAGCACUUAAAUGAUGUCAACUUCACCACACCACAGGAGGAAAGGCUUUAUUUUGAAGGAGCAGACAUUCCUGCUAAGUAUGACCUUGUGAACUGGCAGAUGACCACAGACGGUGUUUUGAAACUUGUUCUGAUUGGCCGAGUGGAAGGCUACGAAAUCCUUAUGAACGACUCAGCCGUCCAGUGGAGCUCGGGAUAUAGCCAGGUCCCCACAUCUGUGUGUAGUGAGAGUUGCCCUCCUGGAACCAGGGUGGCCACCAGGAAAGGAGAACCCAUCUGCUGCUUUGAUUGCAUCCCAUGCGCUGAAGGGGAAAUCAGCAACAUAACCGGUUCACCCACUUGUGACCGCUGCCCACUGGAGUUCUGGUCCAACGCCGAGCACACAGUCUGCGUUCUACGACAGCUGGACUUCCUGGCCUUCAACGAGACCUUGGGCAUCACCCUCACUGCAGUUGCCGCGUCUGGCACCUUGGUGACCACUGCCGUCUUUGUGGUCUUUCUCUACUAUAAACAUACGCCUGUGGUUCGAGCCAAUAAUUCCGAACUGAGCUUCCUGCUCCUCCUCUCGCUCAAACUCUGCUUCCUUUGUUCGCUUCUGUUCAUCGGCCGUCCGUCCGUGUGGUCCUGCCGCUUCCAGCAGGCGGCUUUCGGUAUUAGUUUUGUGCUGUCCGUGUCCUGUCUACAAGUCAAGACCAUCGUGGUCCUGGCGGCCUUCCGUUCAGCCCGGCCUGGUGCUGAAGCUUUGAUGAAGUGGUUCGGUCCGGGACAGCAGAGAGGAAGUGUGUGUUUGUUCACUUCCAUACAGAUCAUCAUCUGUAUAAUUUGGCUGUCACUAAGCCCGCCUGAGCCUAAACCAGACUUUGAUACCCCAGGGUUAAAAGUCACCCUAAAGUGCGACAUGGCCUCUGUGGUGGGUUUCUCUCUGGUGCUGGGCUACAUCGGUUUACUGGCUUGCACUUGUCUCCUGCUGGCCUUCCUCGCCAGGAAUCUCCCCGACAACUUUAAUGAGGCCAAGAUGAUCACUUUCAGCAUGCUCAUCUUCUGUGCCGUGUGGGUGGCCUUCGUGCCCGCCUACGUCAGCUCGCCUGGGAAGUACAUGGUUGCUGUGGAGAUCUUCGCUAUGCUUGCCUCCAGUUAUGGUUUACUUUUUUGUAUUUUUGCCCCAAAGUGUUUUAUCAUUCUUUUGAGGCCGGAAAAAAACACCAAGAAACACUUGAUGGCCAGGUAG